AUGUCGUCUACAGCAAGUGAUAACCAUCAUCCCUAUAUUGUCUACGUGCCAGGCAGUAAGGAUUCCGUGCCUUAUCCCAUUUACGUUCCGGAGAACGCAUUCGUCGAAACCCUGAGAGAGGCAAUUCGAAGAAAGCAGGAUUUAGAAGAUGACCUACAGGGGCAAAACCCGAUCCUCCUCAAAUGUGGUAACCUGAAGAUGCUCCCACGCCAGUCACUUUAUGAAAGUGCUUUGGAGUGGCUUCGCCAACGUACGGGUGAUGGGGAAGAUGAUAAGCUUAUGAUGCCUGCAAUGCGUCUGCACGACUAUUUCCCUGACGGACCUACGCCAGAGGAUGAAAGAAUGAUAGACGUUGUUGUCGUGACUAAUUCCAUUCAUCUGACUCGCUCAAUCGGUUCUGUAAAGAAAUCACGUUUUUAG